GGCGGUUGACCAGUUCAUUCGCGAAUCGCCCUCUAACUAUGUCGGACUCGGAGCAGACGCUACGCCAUACUCUCGACAAAAUACUCGACCGGAGGAAAUACACCAGGCGCGAUGUCAGAAUCAAAGAAAUAUCCUCAGGAGGAUCCAACUUUACCUCAGCACUGUUUCUAGUAGACGUAACAGCGCCGGACAAAGAAGAUUUAAAGCUGUUCGCCAAAGUUGGAUGCAUAAAGAACGAGAUGAGAAAAAUAAUGAACGCAGACUGGCUGUACAAUACAGAGCGAUACGUGUACACAGAGCUGAUAGGAAUAUAUGAGAAAAUUCAAGAUGAACACAAUAUUAAGGGUGAAAAAAGGUUUGCCUUCCCGAAAUUCUACGGGUAUAACGCAGAAGUUGGGAAGGAGACGAUAGUUGUAGAGAACCUUACGGAAGCUGGAUAUAGAUCGUUUAAUAGACAUAAAUGCGUUGACUGGGACACGGCUAGAGUGAGUGUAGAAAAUCUAGCAAAAUUCCACGCACUAUCGUUUGCCUUCGAAAGGAAGUACCCAGAAAAAUUCAACAGAGACGUCCCAAAUAUGAAAUUCAGAAUGGGCAGCGAUGAAGAGGACAAAGAUAAUAUGAAACCUGUGUGGAUAAAAAUGGUGGAAGGAUCAGUGAGUUCCCUUGAAGGUGAUCAGAAAGAGAAAGUGUUAGGCUUUCUAAUGAAUGAAGAGCUUUUGAAGAUGUACAACAAGCCUAAUGGAAAGCCAGUAAUAUGUCACGGGGACUAUAGACUGAGUAACCUAUUAUUUAAAGGGCAGGGUGAAAAUUUAACAGUUCACACCGUGGAUUUCCAAACGGUAUACGGUGGAUGUCCAGCCUCCGAUCUCAUAUACUUCAUCUUCCUUGGAUCUGAUGAAGCCUUCAGGGAUAGAUAUUACCAAAAGCUUCUAGAUCACUACUACUCCAGCUUGGAAGAGGCUUUGAGGAGGCUGGAUAUUGAGCCAGUCGACGUGUACCCGAAAGAGAAGUUUGAUAGUGACAUCAAACAGGUGUUGCCUUUUGCUGUACUUCUUGGUGUUAUAAUUUUACCAAUAAUAACUGUAGAAGCUCAGAAUGCGCCGAGAGUUGAUGGGGACCUCGAAGAUUUCAUACUGGAGCCAACAGAACUGUAUGCACAAAGGUUCAGAGGAAUUGUCAACGAUUGCUUCAAAUUGGGAGCAUUCGAAUGAGUAGAUAAAUCGGUAGACUUGAGUAGCACGGCAAGGACUACAAAAUAUUAAACUCUACUGUCAAGGAAUACGGUCGAAAUGUGAUAAUCUGGAUCUGUGUGUGUCCGUACGUUGGUAGAUAUUAUAAGUUGACCAAGAAUCCAAACGUAAUAUAUAAAUUAGUUAUUUAAAGUUAUAGACCUAUAUUUUAUGAAUAAAAUGUUUUGACAAUA